AGUUUCCACACUCUGCUUUGUUGCAAAAUCUCACUUCCAUUUCUUUCUAUUAACAUUGCACUUCUUCAACAAUGUGUACCUGAAACCGAAACCAACCAGAACCUUUUUGAUUGAAAGCAAUCCAAGUUGUUUGUUUUUGUCACAGUUAAUAUAUUUGUGAGAGAAAAAGAAAAUGUCUGCUUCAACUGUUGUUCACAAUUUUUGUUCUGUCGCUUCUUGCAUUUCAAAUUGCCGCCAAAAACGAACAUUGGUUCCCACCCAUCAUGCGUUUCAUUCACCCAAUUCCCUUUUGAGGUUAAAGAAGCAAUCUUUCCUCUUAAAUACUCACUUCAAGAGUUCCAGAACCCAGAAACCUCCCUCCAGUUUUGUGGUUUCCGCAGCACAAUCGAAUUUUGUUAAAGUUCUGCAGAAUGCAUGGAAAGUUGGUAGGGAUGGAAUUGAGGCAGGCACUAAUCUUGUUCCUAAUUUUGUACCAAGGCCAAUAGCAAGGAUUUCAGUAACAAUUGUGGCUUUGAGUGUUACGCUUUUUGUACUCAAGGCAUUCCUCUCUACAGCUUUCUUUAUAUUGGCCACUAUAGGACUUGCAUACUUUGCAUACCUAGCAUUCAAUAAAGAUCAAGGACCUAGUGGGAAUGGAGGAACUGCCUCUACUCCAAUGGAUGAUCCAGUGGAAGAAGCCAGAAAGAUAAUGGAAAAAUACAAGUAGCAGCAUCAGAGUAAGAUCAUAUUAUAGCCUUUAACAUGGCUAACAAAAUCCAUGUCUGCCAUGGAUGAAAGAAAACUUGUAGAGGAAGCUAAGAAAGAAGAAAUAUGGAGGAAAUAGAAAUUAGCAUAGAAUGAGAAUUAGCUUACAAAAGAGUUGGUUAUUACAGUUUAUAUAGUUGGUUACAAAAGUAACUAACUUAUAACUAACUAAACUAACUCUAGUUACAAUGUGAUCAAUCUGAAUUAACCAUGAUAAAAAAUUGUAUGUAUGCUAAGAAUAGCCUCAAUGCAAACAUUUUCCAUUGCA